GCGCGACCGCGACCGUUAGAAAAUUGCGCCAUUUUUUUCGUUCUAACCAAGAUUAUUGCUCGAAGUGUUGUGUCGAGGAAGUGUUGCGCGACGCGUUCACGGCAUCGUGACAAAGUGGCACGCGCCGAGACCGAUGCUGUUGUGAAUAUUUACGUUCACGCGAGAACGAUUCGCGAUAUUUGUUUCACGUUACGCAGUAUUGCCUGGCGGGGGAGAGGUUCGUGGCACGAGGGAACGUUUUAACCGGGGGGGCCCGUUCUCAGAAAAGAAAUAUCAUUUCUUUCCACGGUUAAACAAAAUGUCGGUGGACACUCUCAGUGAUUCCGAGUUACGUAGCAAACUGAUGGAGUAUGGGUACCCGGUGGGACCUGUGACACAAACCACCAGAAAGAUCCUCGUGAAGAAAUUGAAGAAUCUGAUCGAAACACGGGGCGGCACAGGCUCGCGGCACUCGUUGGCCGCUAGAUACAGUAGCGAGGAUACGGAUGACGAUUCGAGUUCAACAGUUACGAAAAAGAAAAAGACCACUGGAAAUGCCCGAAGACAAACUCUAGCGAAUCCAAUGCCUCCGCCAUCCGCGGUUCUACCACAUCCGGAUACGACCAUGUCGAAGAGUCCAGCUAAAGAGAAAACAACGCAUUCUGAAUUCAAGGAUCCUAUCGUACCCGAUUACGAUAGCUCGUCGACCUUCACCACUCGUACAGUAACGAAAACUACGUCGAAGAAAUACAUGAAGAGUAAUAAGUCAUCGAACGUCGGGGAUGGCUUAGAGACGGGCUCGGAUUCAGACGUUGUAGAGGAAACAAAUAGAAGUUAUUCGCCGUCGAAAUAUUUGUCGAACGUUGGAAAAUCCCAUGACCGUAGGGGCAUGUACGAGGACGAUCAUGAAUCAAUUUCAAAAUCAAGGUCUAUACACACCAUAAAGGAUAACAAGUACAAUGAUUCGCUUUUCGAAGCAAAUCUUUCUCUGAUACAAUCUUCCAAAGAAGAUGUCAGCACAAAAGAUAGCCCGAAUCAAAGAGAUCUGUUGGCAAAUUACGAAACACCAUUUUUAUCUGAAUUCACCAGGAGACUUAGUUCACGUUCAUCUAUAAAUCUGCCUUCUGGCGGCUCCUUGUGCAGUUUAAAAAGUCCAACUUUACGUCACACGUCCAAUGUACCAGAGUUGAAAGAAAAAGAUUCAAACGGUCACUUUUCUUCUAUGAGAUCGUUAUAUUCAACAACCAGCCCGAGGCAUGCAACAACAUCCAUUGAUAGACCUCGAGAAACAAUGAGUAGAACGUUUGGGUCAUCGAUCCCAGGCAGAGAAGAUAUGCGCAACAAUCAGAAUAUGGUAUCUGUAAUUUUGGUUGUGGUACUUGCCUUAUUUUUUGGAAUACUUGCUGUUAUAUACAUGGGACUUGGUGGAAAAUCGGAAACUUUUCCAUCGCUUUCUACGGAUAGCAACAUACCGCUAUGCUUUGUUGGAGCUGACCUUGAAGCACCCGGAGUUAAUUGUGUAAUGAAAGAAAACGUAGAUUCUGUGCUGCAACUAUUAAAGCGGCUUCAGCCGAUUUUAACGAAAAAGGCUGUGUCCAUGAUAUGCGACAAUUCCAGCGAAACUCCUUAUCUGACUGAUUUCGAAAUCAUGCAAAUGUUCACGAACAAUAAAGUGAAAAGUUUGGAAGUGAAAGAGGAUUUACAGAAUGCACAGUUGCUCGUCAUAAAGAAUCCAAAGUGGGGUAUUUCGUUGGUAGACAUAAGCGACGAUAACGGCGCACCCGGCGAUGUUUUGGAUUCUUUGGAUAAAUUAUUUUCCACACGUCUGAAUGGGAAAGUUGGAAUGGUGAUCAUGAACCCGGAGCUGCCGAUGCAGUGUCUCGUUAAGAACAAGCUCUUCACCAUAUUCUCCUCGCUUCUAAUUGUGUCACUUGGCCUCCUAGCAGCUAUAGGAAUGCAGAAAUUGUUCGUUUGGUAUAUAAAGUACAAGAAAAGUACUGAGAGGGAAGUGUUUAAACUUGUUAGCGAAAUUAUUAACAUGGUUGAAAUGCACCAUCAAAACACUGGAGUCGCCUCACCGGGCGGUACGCAGGAAAGCUUUCUAGCUAUAAGCCAUGUACGCGACAAUCUCAUACCACCCAAGGACCGUAAAAGGAUGGCAGGACUUUGGGAGAAGGCGGUCAAGUUCUUGGAUGAAAAUGAAUCCAGAAUUCGAAGGGAAGUACAGCAGGUUGCGGGAGAAGAAUUUCACGUAUGGCGAUGGCUACCUAAUAACAGUCUGAACCAGUCGAAUACACAGAAUUUCGUUUUGAAUAAAAAGUCCAAAGUGUGGCAGGGUCAAGCGUUCGAAACCAUGGAAGGCUCGGUCAACAGUAUAACGUGUUCACCAACACCGUGCCUGAAAAUAAGGCACAUGUUCGAUGCAGACGUAGAGUUCGAGGAUGACUGGGAAACAAAGGUACAGGAUGCUAUACUAGAAAAGUGUGGGGAGGGUGUAAAAAUACUUCAUAUCCGUGUAGAUCGUGGCAGCCGAGAAGGUUGCGUUUACAUGAAAUGUAUGUCACAAGAAGACGCGGGGAAAGCUUACAGGGCUUUACAUGGAUGUUGGUUCGAUGGUCACUUAGUAACUGUGAAGUACCUGAGAUUGGAAAGAUAUUACGAGAGAUUCGCAGAUGCGCGCCAUUGUACAAUACCUUUGAAGCCAAGUAACAAUCAACGAUUAUCUAUGCAAGCGGAUUAUUAGGGCCGCCAGACUUUUUUUUUAUGUAAGCUUACAAAAUACCUCUUUGCUUGUAUAUACACGACAGCAAGCAACAUUCGAAUAUUUCGCCGCUGAAUAAUUGUUCGCGGACCAGAAUAUGCGGGAUACUUCUAUUUUUUGGCUCUAGAAGGCAAUAGAACUUCAUACAUGUCGCGCAGAAACACGAAAUCCAAGGGACUUGUAAUUGUGUGAUAAUGUUCUAAGAAUUCGAAGAGGCAGAGACUUUUUAUAACUGUUUU